AUGGCGGCGAUUCCCGCAGCGGCAGAGGCCUCUCCCAAAGCUGCACGCGGCUGUCAUGGCUUCCGGCAAAGUGCAGCCAAGACACCUCAUCCCACGAAGCUUCAAAGUGACUUAACGGUGAAGCUUCGGGCAAUGGAUCUAGCUUUGGAGCAGAUCGAGCCGACCCGGGAAGCACCGGAGAGAAGUCAUAGCCAAGACAAGCCCACAGAUGCUAUCGUCAGUUUGGUCGAGGAGACUGUCACAAAGAUAGCGACAAGCCAGAUCGAGACCUUUGAGGUCGACAUUUCACAGAUGCAUGAAGAAUGUAAGCAAAGUUUACAACAGACAGAGCGCAAGAUGAGCGAGUUCCAAGUUGAGCUGACGACAGCAUUGGAGCAGCAUUUGAGCGAUUCGGAGCGUCUGCUGGACAAGAGAGUGCAAGAUGUUCGAAUCGAGCUGCUUCAAUCGCUAGCUGCGAUCGAUACUGUGACCAAAGAGAACGGCGCAUGUAUAUCUCGGCUGGAUAACCAGACGCAGACACGCUUGGACCAAAUGGAAGCUUCGGUUUCUUCGGUUGCCAGUGAAUGUCUACAUCUGAAGGAAUCUGUCCAGUUGUGCGUGGCUCAUGACGACUUCAGGAGUCAGUACGGCAGUUUGGAUACGAAGUUUCAACGUCUUGAAGAGGAUGCGCAGUUCUCACAAGAACAACUCCAAAGCUGUCGCUAA